AUGUGGGACACCAUUGAGUCCGACAUCUCCAAGUCCGGUUCAUCUACCUAUCUCACCCCUUUACAACAGUUCAUCUUCAGUUUCCUCACUCGCUGCCUCGUCGGAGCUGACCCAUCAAGCUCGCCGGAAAUUGCAGAGUCCGGCUACGCCAUGCUCAACCGGUGGCUCGCUCUUCAGCUGCUUCCCACUGUCAAAGUCGGCCUUCUUCAACCUCUAGAAGAAAUUUUCCUCCACUCUUUCGCUUUCCCUUUUUUACUUGUCCAAUUUGAUUACAAUAAGCUGGUCAAAUUCGUGGAAAAAGAAGGGAAAGAAGUGAUAGAGAGAGGUGAGUCGGAGUUCAAACUCAGUUCACAAGAUGCCAUUCACAACCUCAUGUUUAUACUUGGUUUCAAUGCGUUUGGAGGCUUUUCAGUCUUCUUUCCCAGUCUAUUUACUGCAAUAGCGAAUGAUGAAACUGGGAUACAAGAAAAGUUGAGGAAAGAAGUGAGAGAAAAAUGUGGGUCGUCAGACUCACCUCUGAGUUUCGACUCGGUGAAAGAGAUGGAACUCGUUCAGUCAUUCGUAUACGAAACUCUCCGACUCAACCCGCCUGUUCCUCUUCAAUACGGGAGAGCAAGGAGAGAUUUCAAACUGAGUUCACAUGACUCAGUGUACGAGAUCAAGAAAGGUGAGUUGCUUUGUGGGUAUCAACCAUUGGUGAUGAGAGACCCAGAGGUAUUUGAUGAUCCUGAAACGUUUGUGGCUGAUAGGUUUACGAAAGAGAAGGGUAAAGAGUUACUGAGUUAUCUGUUCUGGUCGAAUGGGCCGCAGACUGGGUCACCCACUGAGUCAAACAAGCAGUGUGUGGCUAAAGACUACGUGACUCUCACUGCGUCUUUGUUUGUGGCUUAUUUGUUUCAGAGACACUUGUCAACGAACGAACCAUCUAGUAACAAUCGUUCUUUCGCAAGCCAUGUCAUUAUGCUCAAUCUGUCCGAGGAGAAGCCAAGGGAGAGGAGCUUGGGCCCUAGGGUCUAUGCCCUCUAA